UCUAAUUUUCCCUCCACUGCCGGAGCAAAAUAAAACAUUCUUAAGAAGGAAGAUCAGACGGUGAUGGAACUGCCACCUGGAUUUCGAUUCCACCCGACCGACGAAGAAUUGAUCACACACUAUCUUUCCCCGAAGGUCCUCUCCGCCUCUUUCUCGUCUCCGGCCAUCGGCGAAGUGGAUCUGAACAAGUGCGAGCCAUGGGAUUUGCCUGGGAGAGCUAAAAUGGGUGAGAAAGAAUGGUACUUUUUCUGCGUGAUUGAUAGGAAGUACCCACGGGGGUUAAGGACGAACAGAGCCACACAGGCAGGGUAUUGGAAGGCCACUGGUAAAGACAGAGAGAUUUUCAAAGGGCGAACGCUCGUGGGUAUGAAGAAGACUCUGGUUUUCUACAAAGGCAGAGCCCCUCGUGGUCAUAACUCCAAUUGGGUCAUGCAUGAGUACAGAUUACACUCCAAAUCCUCUGUUUAUUCUCUCCUUCCUGCAAAUUCUUCACAGAAGGAAUGGGUGAUAUGCAGAGUGUUCAACAAGAGUGGGAGCUCUGUGGGGAAGGCGGAGAUGGCGGUAAGCUGUUCAUCCUCUGUUCUUCCGCCGUUAACAGAGUCGGAUGCAUCGCAGGUGACCUGCUUCUCCAAUUCAAUGGAGGAGGAUCAGAACGAGGAGGGUGAGUUUUGGGUGGGGCUUUUGGAGGAGCCCCAAAAUGAAGGGCGGUUUUGGAGGUUGGAGGUCACUUCUUCUGCUAAAGACUUCGCCUUUGGGACCAACCACGUCUCUUAUCCAUCGCCUCCUGAUGAUGCCCUUGAUUCCCUUUGGAAUUACUGAUAUAAUCCUCUUACCAUUAUUGUAUCUAAGUUGUGUUUGUAUGAUAUUUAGAUUUAGCUUUCAUCGCUUGA